AAAAAAUCAGCUGUUUAUUUACUCUUAAUCUGUGCUUAUCACUUUCCUUUGUAUUUAUUCAUCUACAAUCACAUUUUUAAUGUUUAUUGAAUGUUGAACUUGAUGUACUUAAUGAGACUAGUCCAGUACAUGUUCAGUCAUUGACGAAUAAAGAAUAAAUCUCAUUUUGCUGCUUAAAUUACAAUUUUCUUGUGUUUUUCUUUGAGAAUGUCAAGAGAAAGUCGUGUUUUGUCUAUCCAAAGUCAUGUUGUGCAUGGCUAUUGUGGCAAUAAAUCUGCUGUCUUUCCAUUGCAGCUGCUUGGAAUUGAUGUUGACUUCAUCAAUAGCGUCCAAUUGUCAAAUCAUACUGGAUAUGCGACGAUUAAAGGACAGACUUUAAGUGAAAAUGACCUUAAGGAGUUAUUUGAUGGACUUACAGCCAAUAACUUACAUACAAUCUACACACAUCUAUUGACUGGAUAUGUCAGGAAUGAUGACUUCUUGAGGGAAAUUUCAAAAAUCAUUAAAGCACUUAGAGCUGUUAAUCCAGACAUGAUUUAUGUUUGUGAUCCAGUCAUGGGAGAUGCAGGCAAGAUGUACGUACCUGAAUCAUUAUUGCCAAUAUUUCGCGAUGAAAUCGUUCCUUUAUGUGACAUUUGUACACCAAAUCAAUUUGAAGUUGAGCUGCUGACUGAACAGAAAAUAAAUAAUGAAGAAGAUGCUUGGAAAGGAAUGCAGUGGUUCCAUGAGAAAGGCGUAAAGACUGUCGUGUUGUCAUCAAGUGACAUUGGUGGUCCUGAUGUGCUCAUUGCAUUGCUAAGUACAAAAAAGUCAAGUGAACAGUAUGAAAAGUUCAAAAUUGUAAUUCCAAUUCAAGGACCAAUAUUUUUAACUGGAACUGGCGAUUUAUUUGCUGCAUUAUUCCUGGCACAUUCAACGAGACUACCAAAUGACUUAAAAACAGCAUUCGAACAAACAAUCGCGUCUGUUCAGUCAGUCAUUAAAGUCACAAUUGAUUCUAUGCCUGAAGAAAUUAGAUCUGGAAAAGUUAAGCCAAAUGCUCAACAGCGUGAAUUGAAAAUUAUUCAAAGUAAAAAGCAUAUCGAGGAUCCAGUUAUUGAGUUGCAUGCAUUAAGAAUUGAUUAAGAAGCUAUGAAGCUAAGAUGAAGGAGAGGAUUUAGGGGACCUCAUUUUAGAUAAAUCCCCCCAAACCUUUAUAUUGUCUUGUCCCCCGCCCCUCCUUAAAAUUCCUAGCUACGACCCUGUUGAAUUGUAAGUUGUUAUCUUGGAUUUGUUCACUAUCUUAUCCAAAAAAGAAGGUAAAUAAUGAUGACUUUGAGAGAUAUUCCCAUAUUUAAGCAAUUAAGGCACCGAGUCUAAAGAUCUAAAGUAAUUAAUGAGACAAUAAAGCAUUAUGUGUGAUUUAAAAAGCU